AUGAACUUCAUUAGGACCUUGGCCACUAGAUCUGCGGCAAAGUUUCAGGACGUGGUGAUAAUCGGUGGGGGUUUAGCUGGGCUCCCCCCUUUAUCGACGUUGAAUACCUCACCAAAACUUAAACAUUUGCAAUGCACCUUGGUAGAAGGGCAAUCGUUGGACCCUGUACGAGAGUUUGAAGUCAAUUUCCCAGAAAACUACACCAAUAGAAUAUUUUCAUUGACUCCAAAAUUAAUCGAAUUUAUGGAAAUAUAUAUAUUAACAGGCUAA